CCCCACCAACACCCGCGUACAUGCGCCAGCUCUCACUCCCACACAGAACACGCAAAAACCAUCGUAUACAAUUAUUGGAAACCAUGAUCUCACAGAGGAUGAAAUAAAAAAAGGAAAAAGCAGCUUUAGUACUCUCAUGGAAAACAUAUCUUCACCUCCGCUCUCUAACUCUUUUUCUCUCCGUUUCUUCCUUCCUCCCUCUCUGCAUGUCGCUUCUCUCUCAUCAAAAAUGAUGGUGUUGACUUAAAGUGAGGUUUUUUUGGAUAGUUUUCUAUGUUCUUCUUGUACUUUGUUUCACUGGUUUUGCUCACCUUCUCAGGGAAUGUGAUAGCUUUGCAAGGUACAUUAGCGGUUGCUUCUUUUUCUUCAGAAAAGAGGGAAAAUUUAUUUAUCCCUCGACGAUUUCAUAUGCUGGAGAAUAUUUUUGGUUUGAGCCUGCAGGACGGUGAUGAUUGGGUUUUAUGAUUUCAUAUGUUUUUACCUGUGGAAAUCCCAACUAUAUAUCCUCAGUUUCUUGAGCUUGUAUCAGUGGAAUCGAUUUAGAAUUUAGCGAACUGCUAUGAUUCCAAAACUGAAGGCCCUAAAGGUGGAGAGCCUAGGGUUAAAAACAGGCACAAAGGAUUCGAGUUUUGAGUGAGGAGAUUUAAGAGUUUAGAUAUAAACCGAUAGAAAGUUAGUCGAUAUCCUUGUUAUGUUCAAAGGUUGCAAAGUGAAAAAUUCAACGUGUGUUGGAGCUAAUAUUUGUAAAUAUCUGAAGAGUUGAACUUGGCAAUAAAUUAGAUGUGACGUGAAUUGUGGUACUUGGUGCAUCAAGUGGUGUAUAAGUUAUUUGACAUAUUAUUGUUGAAGAGUCGAAGGAUUUCUCAAUUUCAUUCUUAAUUUAAACAAGAUAUUUUUUUCACUGACCUCUUAAUUCAAGCUCUUUCUAUGUUUCAGCAAUUUGUGGGAAUCAUGGAGAGCAAGACGUGGAUAUGGAAUAGGAAGUCCACAGGGAAGAACAUUGAGAAAGGGAAGACCCUGGAGUUGGAGAAAUCUGUAGAAAACUUGAACGGACAACUAUCUUCUGUCCGCGGUGAGUCCAAUGCUAAAGAUGAUCUUUUGGCAAAGCAAGCAAAAGUAGCUGAGGAAGCAAUUUCAGGAUGGGAAAAAGCAGAAGCUCGAGCUCUUGCUUUACAGAAACAAUUGGAUGAUGCCUUGCUUAAGAAGAAAAUGACAGAAGAAAGAUUAGUCGAACAGGAUACAGAAUUACAAGAAUUCAGGCAGCAACUAUGUGUUGUCAAGGAAGAUCAGCAGCUCAUAGUUAACAAUGCUUCCAUGAAAAUAUCAAGAGAACUGGAGAAGACACGCAUGGUAGAACAAAGGUUGGUCGGAACAAAUAAGAAGCUCGCUGAAUUGGUCACUGAAAAUGGAAACCUGAAAAGAAUCCUAGAGGCCAAAGAACAGUUGCUUGCAGAGAUGAAUGAGGCUAAAUCAAAUCUGGAAAAAAACUUUACUGAUGUGGUGUCCAGACUUGAUGCUUCAGAGAAACUGAAUGUGACUCUGAAUUAUGAGGUCUGUGUGCUUCAGAAGGAGCUUGAGAUUCGAAAUGAGGAAAGGGACUUCAACCGGCGAUCAACUGAUGCUGCUCAUAGGCAGCACCUAGAGAGCAUCAAGAAGAUUGCAAAGCUUGAAGCUGAGUGCCAACGGUUGCGGGUCAUGGUUCGCAAGCGCUUGCCAGGGCCAGCAGCUUUAGCUAAAAUGAGAAACGAGGUCGAGGUGUUGGGUUAUGAUGAAUUAAGCAAGGAUGCGUCUUCUGUUGUCAAGAAACUUCAUGCAAUUGACAAUGAAAACAAGGUGCUCAAAGAAACACUGACCAAGAAAACCAAUGAACUUCAAGCAUCACGCAUCAUGUUCGCACGCACUGCAUCCAAGCUUUCUCAGGUUGAGACCCAACUUGAAGAUUUUUCUAGAGGAAAAACAAGCUAUGAACUAGCAAAGAGCAGUCCGAUGUCGUAUAACCUGCCAUGUUCUUCCAUUUCAGAGCAUGGUGGCAAUGAAGACAAUCUUAGUUCUGCUGAAUCAUGGGCUUCUGCUUUAAUUUCUGAGCUGGAGCACUUCAAAAGUGGGAAACCAACUGCUACAUCAUGCAAAAGUGUUGCAAUAUCAGAUUUAAGUUUGAUGGAUGAUUUUGUUGAGAUGGAGAAAUUAGCAAUAAUCACUGUGGAUAAACAUUUUGAUAGCUCACGCAGUGUGAUUGGUGAUAACAAUUUAUGUGUGGCCACUAAAGAAUCCGAAGCAGAAUGCAGGGAUCUUGUUCCUCUCAUGGAAGUCCCUCAUUAUAAGUAUUCGUCGCUUGAGAACUAUCCUAUUUGGCUUCAGGACAUUCUGAGGGUUAUUGUACAAAAGCAUCAUAUCAUGCAAAAAAGUUUCCAUGCCAUUCUUGAAGAUGUUCAAAGUGCUCUAGGUAAUUGGGAUUCCUCUAUUGUUGCAAAAUCCUACAGCGAGAAAGUUAUAAAAACCAAAAACACUUUGUCAGAUUCAGUCGAUGGAGCCAUCACCACAGACUCACCAAACAGAAAAAGGAGUUCCCGAUUUUGUGAGUCUGACUUGGAGAAAUCAGUUCACAAGCUUGUGGAACUAGUUGAAGGGAUCAUUCAGAAAAGUAAUGAGAGUAAAACUGGUCAAGGCAUAUCAUCUGGAGAUGAUGAUGGUCCUUCUUUACAUGAUAAUUCUGCAUCAGAAAAUGGAUAUACAGCUCGAACAUUUCUAUGGGAAAUAUCCAAUCUCACUUCUAUUUUACAGAAUUUUAUAGCAGCAUGCAAUGAUCUAUUGACUGGUAAGAUUGAUCUUCAAAAGCUGACAGAAGAGAUUUCUUCAACACUCGACUUAAUUAUAAGUCAUUCUUUUUCAAUUCAAGAUGUUACAGACACAAAAGUCACUAUUAGGAAACAUAUGGCUGUUGAUGAAUCAUACAGAGAGCAUGGACUUAAAUCUGUAUCGGUAUCAAAUGGUCUACACAUCUUGUUCAGGGUGGAAAAUUUGGAAUCCAAACUGAAGGAUGAAAAUGAUCCACUAAAAUCUGAGAUUCUUAGUAUCAAGUCUGAAAGGAAAGAUUUGGAGGACAUUCUAAAAACAUUUAGUGCUCAGAAUGAAGCACUGAAAGCUCAGCUGCAGGAAUCAGAAGCAAAAGUUUCAAAUUUACAGAAAGAAAUUGGAAUACUUAAGAAAACCAGGGAGCAGAUUGAAGAACAGAUUGAAAAUAAAAAAUCCAUUAACGAAGACCUUGCGGCUAAGUUAGCAUUCGUAGAGGAUGAAUUGAAUGAAGCUCUUCAAAAGUUUGCAUCCCUUGAAGUCCAACUUGCUCAGAGAAACAACUGCUGUGAAGAACUGGAGGCAACUUGCCUUGAACUACAGCUAGAGUUAGAAAGAGCUUUAUCUGAUGAAACUCCAAAACAUAUCAUGCGCCCAGAAGACAAGCAAAUCCAGAUGGAAUGUGGUAUAAUUGCAGCGACAGAAAAACUUACCGCUUGCCAGGAAACUAUCCUAAAUCUAGGGAAGCAGUUGAAAGCGUUGGCAUCAGCAGAUGAUGGACCUUUAUUCGAGAAGGCGAUAUCUACAACCGUGAAGUCCAACCAUCAUCGCCUGCAGUUGCUUGACCAUAUGAGAGAAGAGGAAAAUCCAUCGACCAAACCACCACAUCCGCUAAUUCCAGCUUCCGAAAACACAAACCUCAGCCAUAAAAACUCAUUGAGGAGUAUAGUUGAGAUGUCACCGGAGAAUAAUGCUUCCGACAAGGACCAAGGCGAGGUCAAUGAAGGAAUGCUGAUGAUUAUGGCUAAGAAACAAGAUGGAGGUGCAAGUCUGCUGAGAAAACUUUUGCUGCAAAGGAGAAGAAAAAGCAGCACAAGGCUUGAACUUCCAAUGGGUGCUCAAUAGCAGUCUCUAAACCUUCCAAUUAGCAAGCAAGAAUAUAUAUAUUAUAACAAAGAGAAAGAAUGGCCAAGGUUUUAAAGCUUGCAAUUUAAGAAUGUCUUCUUGUAUGCAAUCCUUUUGUGCUUUCUGUGAAUGUUAAAUUGUUGAUAUGGAUACAAGUAUAUACACAAAUUUCAACAGCUUGAAGAUGAAAUAAUAAGCUACACUAGCUUUCAGAUGUAAGAUCCCAAGGCAUAAUUGAAUGAGUUAAUUUGGAAUGCC